CUCCUACUGCCACAUCUUCCUCUUCCUUCACUCUGCUCCUCUUUCUUCCCCUCUUCUACCUUCCACAAUCUUCUCCCGCACUCCAUCUCCUUUCAAUACUCUCUCUCUCUCUCUCUCUCUCUCUCUAUCCACUCUUGUAACUCUCAUAAUGAAUGAUCGGCCUUCUUUACCGGCGGAGGGAACCGCCGCGCACACCGACGGAGCUCACCGUAACACACUGGAUAUUUACCCUUUGAACUGUUACUUCUUUGGAUCCAAAGACGCUGUUACCUUCAAGGAUGAAACGUUAGCUGAUCGCGUUGGCCGUAUGAAAUUAAACUACGAUACGUAUGGACUGAGGACCUGUGUGCAGGCAGUUCUAUUGGUUGAACUGUUCAAACAUCCCCAUCUUUUGUUGUUACAAGUGAGGAACUCUAUAUAUAAGCUUCCAGGUGGUCGUGUAAGGCCUGGUGAAUCAGAUAUUGACUGCCUCAAGCGCAAGCUUACAAGCAAACUAUCUAUGGAUGGACACGGCAGCUGGGAGGUAGUAGAAUGCAUUGGAAUGUGGUGGAAGCCUGAUUUUGAAACAUUGGUUUAUCCAUAUUUGCCACCAAACAUAGAAAGACCCAAGGAAUGCACGAAACUUUUUCUUGUGAGGUUGCCUGCAAGCUGCAAGUUCAUUGUACCCAAAAACUUCAACCUACUCGCGAUUCCAUUAUGUCAAGUACAUGAAAACCGCAAGACCUAUGGACCAAUAAUAUCUGGAGUUCCACAGCUUCUGUCAAAAUUCUCUAUCAAUGUAGUUGAACCGUAAAGGAAAAAUGACAUUUUUAGUCCCUCAAUGUAGAUUUAUUCCGAAAUUCUAAAGUUUUCUGGUACAGAUGACAUUCCCCUUCCAUCUCCAUGUAUAUAACUGGUCAUCUUGCAGAGGGAAUUGUAAAUUGUAAUGCAUUUGAUAAUUUCAAUAUUAUGUACUUAUGUAUGAUUGAAAUCUAUGCAAUUUCAAUGUGUUUCUUACGUUCAA